UCUUCAGUUUAUACGGAAAUGAACAUUGACUUAUAAUAAUUUCCACGUUAGCGUUUUAUUGUCGUUAUUUAGACGUUUAUUAACAUAAUGUAACUCAAAAUAUGAUUAAUUUUACUGCACAGCAUCACAUUAUUUCCCCAGGCAGUGUUUAGUUCGCGUUGGAGACGGGACUUGUUUGAUAUAUGUUAUCUACUGUUAGCUAGCUAACGAUGGCUAACUGUAUGGUUUUUCACACGCAAAUAGCCUCCAUCAUGGAGGUGCUAGCGAAUGCAGCCGUAGCAGAAAUCUGUAAACUCGUAGACGACGACUAUGCAGUGUUUCGUUUGGAAAUAACUCAAAGCCAGAAAGAAAACAGGGCAUUGCGGAGGAAACUACAGCUACAAGAACUGAAGGUGGCAAGGGAGCGCGCAGAGAGGACAACGCAAGAGCGCGUCCUCGCCAGUCGUCCCAGUAGUGUCAAGAUCCUCGACCAAUACAGAGGAAUGGCAAGAGUGACUCUCUCAAGUGAAGGACAUCUCACUGAAGGCCACAGGAGCUUUGUGAAGCCAGUGGGACACAAUACAUGGAGAGAUGACCAACCAAUCACUGUUGAUGAGGGGAGUGUAACCUCAACCAAGAACAUUAUUGUGAUAGAGUCUGUAGAUGCAGAGGCUGCUGGUCCUGGGGUCAAGCAGGAGAGAUCUGAAAGAGAGGAGGACCCACGACACAGCAGAGAGAUCCAGACUGGAGCGCCCUAUGUAGCCACUGAGGUCCCUACCACCAACGCCCCAGCGCCGCCCAAUACCCAACGUAGCAUCAUGGAGGAGGAGGAGGGUCCAGAUGAGCUGCUGGUGAAGGAGGAGGGGUCUGGGGAGAGUCUGGGGAACCCUGAGGGAAACAUGGUCAUGGACAACCAGACUACACCUCCUCCUGCACCUAAAGAGGCACCAGCUGAGCAGCACAGGAACACACACAGUCUCACUGAGUCAGUAGACAUGGAGGAUGGGAAGCCUGAUCUGCUGCUAGUCAAAGAGGAGACAAUAGAAGACGGACCAGAGAACAUUGAUCUGCUGAGUGGACUAAAGAUGGGGGAGCAAGGUGGUUGGCAGGAGGCUAACAGAGGAGACUGGGUGGCCAUCUUGGAUUCCCAGACCGGUGCAGCCAAGGACCUGGGGAAUAACAUCACUGAGCAGGCCAGGACCAGAGGCGACAUAGUGGAGGUCAGUGGAUGGGACAGCAUCCUCAACUCUGGGCUGGGGAUCAACACUGUUAACCAGAAACAAACAGUCGGACACAAAACAGCAACUGAACUUAGUCUCCAUGACAACAGACUGGCUGAGAUCAGGGCGAUGCGUAGAGUUGGUCUGCAUGGACGGGGAGGUGUCGGUAUGCGGCUAGAGAGAACAGACAUUGACUUGGCUAGCAAUGAUCCGUCCUGCUCCUAUAGUUGUGAUUCAGAGAGACUGAUGGCGCCUCAGGUUACCCCACUAACAGGUGCUGCCUUCAGCCUGUCUUCUAUAGGAUCUAUCAACUGGAAUAUGGACCCUGUGACAACACAGACACUCCCUGGCCUACAUCCUCCUCACACUCUCCUAAUGUUAAACCAGACCUCAGACAAUGCAAGUUCCUCAACAUUAAAUGGCUACACAAACUCAUUGACAAAUGACCGAAUCAAAGACAGAAUCAGUAAAGGUGGCAGCGCCAAAGAGAAGCGCUUCCGGUGUUCGUUCUGUGGGAAAGCCUUUAGUUUCCCCCAACAGGUGGAGAUCCACCAGAGGAUGCACACGGGAGAGAAACCGUUCGGCUGCCAACUGUGCCGGGCCUGUUUUUCCCGAUCGUCCCACCUGAAGAGGCACCAGAGAGUCCACACAGGGGAGAAACCCUACAGCUGCCCCCAGUGUGAGAAGAGGUUCUCCCACCAGCACCAGCUAAAGAUGCACCUGAAGAUCCACACGGGAGAGAGGCCAUUCGCCUGUAUACACUGCGAGAAGAGGUUCUCAGAGAGGAGCUACCUCAGGAUACACCAGCAGAAAAUGCACAGGGACCAUGUAUAGUAAUAUGUAAUGUAGAACUAUAUAGUUUGUUUAUAGUUCAUUCUGUUAGUUUUGGAUAUAGAGGGAACUGGGCGAGGUGAACUGAGGAUAGAAUGAGUGUGAUGAGGCAGAGGAGAUGAUAUGGUGAUGGUUGAUGUGAUGGUGUCUGUAAAAAUGCUUCACUGAUGAAGUGACAACCUUGCCCUGUUUGAUGGUGUUUUAUAAUGAGGAAAUGAUCAUGCCUUAAUUCAUGUUUACUUGACAUAAACGAGUGAAGGUGUGUGUAAUGUAAUGUUGAACCUUUUACAAAGUAUUCUAAACUUAAUUUUUAUCAAAGUGAGGGUACCAGAUUUACAGAAAAGGUCAAGUGUGUGAGAAGUUAUUUUACUUAUGUAUUGUUUUGUGAAAUAAAAGUACUGUACUUCACGCUAUGUGAGUGUAUGACCAUUUUGUUGAAAUUAAAUACAAAAUUGACUUCA